UCUUCUCUGUUGGGGUUUGAGCACCACCACUUCAGUGCUUCAGUGUUCCACAAACUCUUCGCAGGUGAAAAAGCAUCGAAGAUCGCGCGCGCAAGCACACACGAAAAAAAAGCUCCAACAGCAAAAUAAUGUUAAUUCCCCGUGCAAACUUACGGUGAUCGACACACAUUUCCAGCAAGUUUUCCGCGAGUGAUAAAAUGCACAAUCUCCUGAAUGGAUUACCAGUGAUAGUUGCUCUUCUUCUGCUCUGUGCUCACUUGGCAGCAGGAGAAGAAAAUAAGACACAGGAUCUCUUCAAAAGUUCAUCGUGCUUGGAAAAGCCCUAUCGGUGUCCACAUCCCAAAAUCAACUUCUACCUCUACACACGACGAACGCAAGAUGCGCCGGAGAAAUUGAAUGUUCUCGACCCUGAGGCCUUCUAUUACACCCACUUCAACCCCAAACAUCCCACGAAGAUUGUCAUUCAUGGCUUUGGGGGUGGAAGGAAUUUUUCCCCAAGUCCGGACAUCCGGAAGGCCUAUUUUACUCUCGGGGAGUACAAUAUAAUCAUUGUGGACUACAGUGCAGCUGCACGAGAGCCAUGCUUGAGUCAGAUGGAGUGGUCGCCACGCUUCGGAAGUCUCUGUAUUGCGCAACUUGUUAAGUACCUGGCGAAUCAGCCACGCGGCGUAAAGCCAGAUGAUCUGCACUUAAUUGGCUACAGUGUGGGUGCUCACUUUGCUGGGCUCGUUGCGAAUUACCUCACACCGGAAGAGGGUAAACUGGGGAGGAUCACAGGCCUCGAUCCCACAAUUUUCUUCUAUGCUGGUGCAAAUAAUAGCCGUGAUCUCGAUCAAACGGAUGCCCAUUUUGUCGAUGUUAUACACACAGGGGCGGGAAUUUUGGGGCAAUGGAGCCCAAGUGGGCAUGCGGAUUUCUACGUGAAUGGCGGUACCAGUCAGCCAGGAUGUGCAACGACUAGUAUAUUCGACACCCUGGCGUGUGAUCACACCAAAGUCACCCCAUAUUUUAUUGAAUCCAUCAACAGUCCCAAAGGAUUCUACGCUGGUCCUUGUCCAAACCUCUUAAGUUACCUGCUAGGAUGGUGCGAACCGAAGGAUUCUGAAUUUGUUCUAAUGGGUGAACAUGUCAGUCAUGAAGCCAGAGGAAUUUACUAUGUAACAACAAACGCCAAACCACCUUAUGCGCGGGGUUUUCCAGGAAAAGGCCGCAGAACAUCACGCAAUGGUGUCUACGCUGGGCUGAAGUAGAAGAAUUUACAAUUUUUUUUCUUUCAAAGUGAGCAUAUAGAAAUGGUUGUGAUUAAUAUAAGAAUUAAAAAAAAAGAAAACAUUGAAAGAACAUUGUACAGAUAGUUUUAGAUUUUAAGGCACAGUGGGGAGAAUAAAAACCUUAUAACAGUA